AUGUUUCGAGGCCACACUUUCCUGCUCUCUCUUGCAGCGUCGCCGUUGACGGUGGUGGAGCUUACCCAAAACGGCGGGCGCGUGGUAUACGACUUGGAUGACAAGACUCCCGUCACAUGCGCCAUCAUCGCGAGCGAUAACCAGCCCGGCACUCCCGCGCACUCCAGCCGUGGCUCGGGGCCAUCAAAGGAACUGCCUAAAUCACUGGAGAGCCGCGUCCGUUCCAGUCGCCUCACAGUAGUUUACGAGCAUUGGGUGCAUCAGUGCCUGCGCGAGAACCGUCUCUUGCUACCGUGUCAAGACUACCCCGACACCAUCGCUUACGACCCGUACUUAUUUACGGGCGUUCACUUCACAACGACGCAGCUGCCGCUGCAGCUGAAAGCGAACAUUAUCGCACUCAUGCAGUUCUACGGUGCCACGUACCACAACCACCUGCUGGACACGACGAACCUGUUAGUUUACAGUCACAUGCACCUUUCACCCGCCGCCCCGCGGCAUGCAGCAACGGCCCCUCUUGCACUUCGGCUCCUCGCUGCCGGUAGCCGCGAAGCAGAAGCACCGUUGUCCACGAAAGAAAUGGAGGCAGCAAACACCAGUCCUAGUCAGCAAUUAUCGGCGGAGCGGUCUGGCGACAACUCUACCGAGGCUGCUCAGCCAUCGCUGACGAAGCUCGACGUUGCGCGUCAACGCGGCCUUGCGUGCGUGACACCACAGUGGGUGCAGCUGUGUCUGAAGACUGGCGAACUGAAGCCGGCAAGCUCGGCUCUAGCGGCUGCACCUCUUGCUCAGACCCCGUCGCCCCCUUCCACCAACUCCAGCUCAACAAUUCGGGCUGACGCUCCUGUGCCCAUUGUGACUGCUGCUGACGAGCUUCGUCACCAUGAGGAGGAAGUGGAUCGAUGGGUCGGCGAAGUACUCACGAGCACACCACCUUUGGCUCGUCCCCACUCUGGUGGUGCCACCACGGGUGUGUGUGCAGCGCCCCUCCCUGGGCCGUCGUUGUGCACCGUGCCAGGAAGACAGAAGGAAGCUGCAGAGGUGCGUGAGGCGCUCAAGCUAGCAGCUCAGCUCUCCCUCUCUGGUGCGUCGGCCUCGAGGAUUCGAAAGCGCCGUCGCGCGCACUGA